CUGAAGGUCUCUGUGACUCAUAGGUGGGAAUCUCCUAAUGGUCUUAGUUAUUUUUAUACGUGCCUGAUACCACAUGUUAUACUGCCCUAAAGCAGAGAAGCAACUCUGCAAUCACUAAGUGGGCACGCAAAAAAGAAGGUGAAAUAGUAAGAGACAAUAUUAACAUCAAAUAAAGGUACAAGACAGCGAGAAGAAAAAGAACAGAGAGAAAGCAACUAAAGAGCGAAAUGGGACAGCAGUUUGCCAAUGCUGAAGGAGAGCAAGGAGAGAUUGAUGUUGCAGAGUUGCAGGAAUGGUAUAAGAAAUUUGUGGUUGAAUGUCCCAGUGGGACCCUCUUCAUGCAUGAAUUCAAGCAGUUUUUUGGGGUCCAGGAUAACCGUGAAGCAGCAGAAUAUAUUGAAAACAUGUUCCGAGCUUUUGAUAAGAAUGGGGAUAAUACCAUUGAUUUUCUGGAAUAUGUAGCUGCCUUGAAUCUUGUUUUACGAGGAAAACUGGAACACAAGCUGAGGUGGACAUUCAAAGUAUAUGACAAGGAUGGGAAUGGCUGCAUAGAUAAACCUGAGCUGCUGGAAAUUGUUGAGUCUAUCUACAAGCUGAAGAAAGUAUGUAGGUCGGAGGUGGAGGAGAGGACCCCAUUGCUCACACCGGAGGAGGUUGUGGACAGGAUAUUUCAGUUAGUGGAUGAGAAUGGGGAUGGGCAGUUAUCUCUUGAUGAGUUCAUUGAUGGGGCCAGGAAGGACAAGUGGGUGAUGAAGAUGUUGCAAAUGGAUGUAAACCCUGGGGGAUGGUUCUCUGAGCAUAGGAGAAAGAGUUCUUUGUUCUGAGAAAAUUGUUUUGAUACAGCUGAAAAUGUGAUGCUGACUACAACUGUGGAUCUUACUCUAGGGUGGUAGUGGCUUUUCUUUUUAAUACAAUCUCAGCAUCCAGAUGAAAACUUCAGUGGUUUAAGAAGCCAUAUCUGAAUCUAAAACCCAUGUGCUGCAUACUGCUGGUACCCAGAGACUGGUUUUGGCCCAUGAAUAAGUCUUUGUGUACACAAUACAGUGUUUGCAAGCUCUGGUUUUUGGUAACACCCCAAGGAAUAAACUUUUUGUGGCUUCCUGAAGUGGAUCCUGGGCAGGGUUUUAUUCUGAUGACAGAUGGGAUGGGGAAGUGAGAAACUGUGACAGUGCUACUGUCUCCAGUGCAGACUAGUGUUGGCAUCAUUCAUGCCUGCGGAGAUACAAACGCAUCAAACCAAGAAUGACAACAAAAGAGGCGCUCUGGCAGGCUUUAGACAUUCAGGAUAUCUGUAUGCGUGUUUAGUAAAUGUAAAAUUAUUGAACACCAACAUAUCGCUAUCAAAAAUGAGAAUUGGAUUAUAAGCAGUAGUCAAGGCAGUAUGUAGAGUUGAGGAAAACAUGUGUGAUCUGGACAGUUGGAGCAGCAACUCCUUGCAUCUCCCUCCCGUGGACCAGAGUUUGCUCCUUCUACCUGUUCAGAGACCUGGGUUUCUGUGGGGCUGGAAAAAUGCUAUUUCCAAACACUGAAAUUGUUUGGAAACAAACAGCAGUAGAAAUUGUACCAGAUUUGUACCAGGACAGACUUGCUCAAGUGUGAUUCUGCUCCUUUUGAGCCCCUGUUUCUUACGGAGUCAUCACUCCAGAACAGCUUUUCCUGCCCUGUGAAGACCAAAGGAGCUCAAGGACUUUCACUGCACUGGGAGAAGCUUUGUGUGGAAGGAGAUAUAAGGGAAGAGUGGAAUUUUGCUUGGCAGUGUCUCUGCAAUGAGUGGAUUAGCACUGCUUUAUCAGCAGGACAACAGUAUGGAACAAGUGACAAAAUCCAAGUGUGUUACUGUAGUACAGUGGUUUUACACUGGACUUAAUUUAGCCACAGACUAUAGAGAUAAAAUUUGCACAAAUAUAAAAUUUGUUGUAGGCAGAGCUCUGCUAUUCUAACCCAUAUUCCUACAUAUAUACGUGUAUAGGGGAAGAGAAUUUGGGAUGAACCAAUAUUUUUGGUUCAUCUUCAUUUGAUUUAUUGAUUUAUUUGCAAGAAAAAUUUCCCCAGGAAAAUAACAAGGGUUUGUUUUAAUUUUCCCAUGGGAUCAGUGGGCCAGGUCAUACCCAUGAAAAGAUUUGCAAUCCCUUUUUUGUGGCCUUUAAUUAUGACUGUAGUAUCUUUCAUUAGUUGAUUAGUUUGCUGGUUUGUGGUCUUGUCAAUUUAACCCAUGUUUAAAUUCAGAAACAUGAGGAAGUAUCCAGGAUAAGACAAGAGUGCUAGAGUUCAAAUGCAUAUAUAUUUCUGCUUUGAAAUAGCCUUUCUAAGAGUUCUCUGUAAAUACACAUGAACUUGGGGCAUGCUUACUGCUCAGAGCUGAUUAGACUUCUAGUUUCUGCUGCUGUAAGGCAGCUCUUUAAAGCUCAUUCAAGUCAAUAGUUUAUCAGCCAAAGAUUUGAAAGCAAAACCUUACUUCUGACCUGAUGGUCUGGAAGAAAAGAUUAAUUUUACUGAUUUUUUUCCAACUUGUGGACAAACGUUUUCAUGGAAGAAUACUAAUCUCCAAUUCCUUCCAGUCUCAACCAACAUAACACACUCUGCUUCUUGCACAAUUUAAGUGGAUGUUGCAUACUGCAGGUUUACUUAAAUGCUUUGAAUUCUCUUAUUCUGUUCACCUGGUCAGCUCAGGCACCAAGGGAGCUGCGGGGUGUCCUCCACACCAGCAGUCCUCUGCUGGGGUGGUAGAGGGCAUCCUAACACUGAGCACUUGUACAGUUGUUGGCAGAAAUUUUGUAACACAUGAAUUCAAUAAAGAUUUAUUUAUUAAAA